AUAGAUAUAAAUUGGGAGACGAUAAGCAAAGUAGAACACAAGUUUCAAAUCUCACACAUUAUCUUUAUUCUGUAGUCUCUCUCUGUUUCUCUAUUACCACCACUCAUUUAACAGAAACCUAAAAAAAAAGAGAGAGUCUUUUCUUUUCUGGGGAGAGAGCUCGAGCUCUAAUGGCGAACUUGGUCUUAUCAGAAUGUGGUAUAAGACCUCUCCCCAGAAUCUACACAACACCCAGAUCCAAUUUCGUCUCCAACAACAACAAAUUCAGACCAUCACCUUCUUCUGCUUACAAAACAUCAUCUCCUCUCGCUUUUCGUCUGAAUUCACGAGAUGGGUUCACAAGGAAUUGGGCGUUGAAUGUGAGCACACCAUUAACGACACCAGUAUUUGAGGAGUCUUCAUUGGAGGAAGAACACGAAGAAUAUAAGCAGAGAUUCGAUCCAGGUGCGCCUCCUCCGUUCAAUUUAGCGGAUAUUAGAGCAGCUAUACCUAAGCAUUGUUGGGUUAAGAAUCCAUGGAAGUCGUUGAGUUAUGUCGUCAGAGAUGUUGCUAUCGUCUUUGCAUUGGCUGCUGGAGCUGCUUACCUCAACAAUUGGAUUGUUUGGCCUCUCUAUUGGCUCGCUCAAGGAACCAUGUUUUGGGCUCUCUUUGUUCUUGGUCAUGACUGUGGACAUGGUAGUUUCUCAAAUGAUCCGAGGUUGAACAGUGUGGUUGGUCAUCUUCUUCAUUCCUCAAUUCUGGUUCCAUACCAUGGCUGGAGAAUUAGCCACAGAACUCACCACCAGAACCAUGGACAUGUUGAGAACGACGAAUCUUGGCAUCCUAUGUCUGAGAAAAUCUACAAGACUUUGGACAAACCGACUAGAUUCUUUAGAUUUACACUGCCCCUCGUGAUGCUUGCAUACCCUUUCUACUUGUGGGCUCGAAGUCCGGGGAAAAAGGGUUCUCAUUACCAUCCGGACAGCGACUUGUUCCUCCCUAAAGAGAAAAAGGAUGUCCUUACUUCUACUGCUUGUUGGACUGCAAUGGCUGCUCUGCUUGUCUGUCUCAACUUCACAAUCGGUCCAAUUCAAAUGCUCAAACUUUAUGGAAUUCCUUAUUGGAUAAAUGUAAUGUGGUUGGACUUUGUGACUUACCUGCAUCACCAUGGUCAUGAAGAUAAGCUUCCUUGGUACCGUGGAAAGGAAUGGAGUUACCUGAGAGGAGGACUUACAACAUUGGACCGUGACUACGGAUUGAUCAAUAACAUCCAUCACGACAUUGGAACACAUGUGAUACAUCAUCUUUUCCCGCAGAUCCCACAUUAUCAUCUAGUAGAAGCAACAGAAGCAGCUAAACCAGUAUUAGGGAAGUAUUACAGGGAGCCUGAUAAGUCUGGACCAUUGCCAUUACAUUUACUGGAAAUUCUAGCAAAAAGUAUAAAAGAAGAUCAUUACGUGAGCGACGAAGGAGAUGUUGUAUACUAUAAAGCAGAUCCAAAUCUCUAUGGAGAAGUCAAAGUAAGAGCAGAUUGAAAUGAAGCAGGCUUGAGAUUGAAGUUUUUCUACUUCAGACCAGCUGAUUUUUUGCUUACUCUGUCAGCCACCAGAGAGUUAGUAUCUCUGAAUACGAUCAGAUGGAAACAACAAAUUUGUUUUCGAUACUGAAGCUAUAUAACAAUAUACAUUGCAUUAUCUU